AUGCCGUUUUUACCCUCAACCCACUCGAAGCGUCCUCUCCCAUCACAUCCAUGUGUCCAACCUCAUCCCCACUACUAUACCUGCCACUGUAGUCAUUAUGUCUUUCACUCCUUUCCAGGCAAUCAUCCUCAAUUCCUCUCCCUCCUCUUUCAUCAACGAGCCAUUACGAAACUGGUGAUACAGUUACACGCAGAGACUAAGAACAGGUGGUGAGGUUCAAUAGAAUAGAGAGCUACAGAUGCGAAAAAGCGAGAACAGCUAG